AUGAUGUCACGUUGCUGUUGGCUGUUGGAUUCGGAUGGCUACUUCUUCGACCGAGUUGAACAAAGACGGAAGAAACGGCUUUUCCUUUUUUCCAUUCAACAUUUUGCGCACACAAUGGCUGAACCUUACGACCCUUAUAUUCCUAAUGCUACCACAGGCAACAGCAGCAAACAACCCCAAGAAACUGCAAAAACCGCAAGAGUGCAACAGCAAGUAGACGAAGUGGUUGGUAUCAUGCAGGAAAACAUUGAUAAAGUAAUGCAAAGAGGAGAGAGAUUGGUCGACCUUCGAGGAAAAACAGAGGAUUUACAAGCAACUGCUGGCCAUUUCAAACGUGGCGCUAAUCAAGUCAGAAAGAGAAUGUGGUGGAAAGACUUGAAAUGGAAGAUUAUCAUUGCUGUGACAAUUUUGGCUAUUUUGGGUAUUAUCAUCGGCUCUAUUGUUGGAACACAGACUCACAAUAGCAACUAA